UAGUUUCCUGAAGGAGGCGUUACCCACAUAACAGCAGUGACAUAAGCGUUCAAGAUCAGGAUUGCAGCUACACAUAGAGCUUGGGUUUUUACAGUAAAAUCUCUCUUUACACGUGGAACUGACCUAGGGACUCGCCAGUAUGUCUGAUGCUGUAAAAAAUGUGGCGAUAUUCGGCAGCACGGGGAUGACGGGGUUAGCGACCUUACCUAUUGCAGUGGCCGCAGGUUACAAUGUGACUGUCCUGGUGAGAGACGCUGCAAGGCUUCCUCCAGACCACAAGGCCUCCAGAGUGGUGGUAGGAGACGUUCUGAACAAAGAAGAUGUGAAGAAGACCCUGGAGGGACAAGAUGCAGUCAUCAUCAUUCUAGGGACAAGAAAUGAUCUCAGUCCCACAACGAUGAUGUCUGAGGGAACCCGGAACAUUCUGGAGGUCAUGAAAGCCCGUGGAAUCCGCAAAGUUAUUGCAUGCAUGUCAGCGUUCCUCCUGUGGGAUCGUGCCAAAGUUCCUCCUCGCCUGGUGCCGGUCACUGAAGAUCAUGACCGAAUGUACACUGUCUUGAAGGAGUCAGGAUUGGACUAUGUAGCGGUCAUGCCUCCACAUAUCGCAAGUGACAAACCACUGACAGAAAAAUACACUGUGACUGAGAACAUGCUGAAAGGAAGAGUUAUCUCCAAAUAUGACCUGGGCCAUUUCUUUGUCAAGUGCCUUUCCAUUUCUGAUUGGGAUGGAAAGACAGUUGGAGUUUGUGGAGAAUAUAGUUAAUCUACUCAGGGACAUUUAGUAAUUGUUGCUUUAUUCUGCACUGGACAAAAUGACUUUAUUUUUUGCUGCUCAUGCCAUUGUAGAAAUGCUUUACUCAUGAUGAGUUCUGCAACCAGAAGUGUCAAAUAACAAUUUUUUAAGAUUACUGAUUUUAAUUUUUUUUUUUUCAUAAAAACACCUAUAGUUAAUCAUAGUUUAGAUUAGAUUGUUGGACUGAUGAACUCCUCACAGUUUUGUUUUGCCUUAAGAAUCAUUGAACAAAAAACGAUGUAAUUUGCCUAAUAAUGUAAUCAUUUUAUUUUCCGUUUUUAAAUAAAGAUGUGAGUUUACAAAGUUCUA